UUAACGCUGGGUCCUGUUACUAUUUUAUCGAGAUAACCUACUAUUUUCUUUCUUCAUUGACAGCUGAGGAAUACUAGUGAAGUUAAUUCGGACUUAGGCAUGGAAGGAAAUUGUACUUUGAGAGAGUUGCAGCUUUAAUCGAAGUUUUAUAUUUAUAUUUACAUAAGUUAUCUAGGUCAGCUAUAGCUAGCUAGCACUAGUUCUGAAACUAGCAUUUAAUGUUAGCGGUGAAUAGCGCUGGAAUAGCAAGACGAGGAAAGUAGGAGUGGAUGUUCUUUUAAUAAUUAGCUAGCUAGAUAUUUGUGAUAUUUGACAAUGGCUUUAAAACACUAACUAAUUUAAAGAGUAAAAUGGAUAAGAUGGAGGUUUGCGACAACAACCGUAAUACCAUAAAGACAGAUCUCAGUUUGCUGCUAGAGUGUCUGAAGUUUCAGAUGAAAUGUCCUGAGUUACAGAAACAAGCUCUUCUCACCAUCCACUCCAUCUGUGAAAAGAGAGAGGAUAAUGUGGACCUGCUAAGACAAUUGGGAGGUGUGGUGUUUGUGCAUAACCUCUCCAAAUCCAGUGUUGUUCAUUCGGAGGUCAAAGAGACUGCACUAUUUACUCUUGGCACCCUGGCAGAGGCCAAUGUGUACUGCAAGAAUUCCCUGUGCAGAAAGGAGACAUUUCUAGACCUUGCUGGUUGUUUGAUGAAAGAAGACAUCCCGCUGACACAGAAGAGAGUCUCUGUCUAUUUGCUGUUUGUGUUGGUAGCCGACAACAAAUUGGGACAGACUUUAGCCCAAACAACUGGCUGCCUUGAUAUUCUACUGGACCUCUUUAGGACAACUUACCCCCUCUCCACAGGGGCUAUUUUGAAAUUAGCUGGUGCUACACAAACAUACCAACUAUGGACAUCUGUGUCAAGUGCUCUCUGUGGAUGUGUCAACAAUCCCCAGAAUGAGGAGGGUCAGCGUAUUUGUGUGGCAGCCUUUCCCAUAAUAAAAGUCUGGCUUCAGCAGAUUUCUCUGCCUCGCACUGAAAUUUUUCAACCCAUUUGCUCCUUCAUAGCAAUGACCGUUGCCAACAACUCCUGUGUUCAGGAGAGCUUUUCUGCCUCUGAGGGUUUGGAAACUCUCACUCUUGCACUAGUUCGUCUCGCUUCAGCUGCAGAUACAAGCUUAUUGUUUUGCCAACUUUCUGUCAUUAUAUCCAAGACCUUGUCAGCUUGCAUAACUGACAACACUACUCUGGCUUCAGGUCUGGCUCAGUAUGGAGUAGUGUCCCACCUUUUCUGUCUGCUGGCCAGUCCACACUUGGACCCUGAGGAUAGACUCUCUGUUUUACUAACCCUGGGCCACUGCACUGAGGCCUCUGAGGAGCACCAGUCCCAGCUGGCCCAAUGUGGAGGCCUGCCCCUUGUCAUAACUUUACUUGCAGAGGACACAAGCGAGGAGGUUAAGAAGGCUGCCACAUUUGUAUUGCAGGCUUGCAAACAGGCCACCAUGUGCUUGGGGGUGGAUGAUUUGAUCGCUAAACAGGUUGAAAACAUGGAACAUCUGACAAAUAUGGAAGGCUUCCGACAUUCAGCCAGAGAUUUGCUGUGCAGGACUGACCUGCUAGAGAAAAGACAGCUGAAGGAGGUUGAGGAUGAGCAGGAAGACAUAGAUCCCCCAAGCUUAUCUGAUGUGCAAGGCCAUGCAUCUCUGUUCCGAGCCUUACCUGUAUCACUGCAAAGGAAGGAGGGGAUUAAUACCAUUCCCACAUAUAGGCUAGCACAGGCAGGUGGUGAUAGCAGCAUUAAACUUGAAACUGUCAGAAACAUAGUGGAGAAUGACGACAACAGUGAAAUGAAGAAAACUGCCAACAGUUUAAGUGCCUGGGGAGGGAAGUCUACAACCAGUGGAGGGGGUGUGUGGUGUUCAGCAUGCAAGGGUACAGGAGCCCUAAUGUCUUCUCAUAUACAGUCACUAGGGAGUGGCAGUGAGCUACAGACAGCAAACAGUCAGUUUAAGUCCCCGUUACCAGUAAGGCAAACGAAACAACAAGAGAUGAAAUGCAUUGAAGAGCUGAAGGAGAGUGAGAUGAGUGAAGGGGGCCGAAUCAUAGUGGAGGAACAGUCUGUCUCUCAUAUCCGUUGUGCAGGUUGUGUAUUACCUUUUGAAGAAGUGACCAGUCGUACUUUUGCAACACUACAAAGCUCUUGCCAGCACAGUUGUGACAUGCACAAGGUUCUCGAAGAGGCCACAGAGAAAUUCAGGAGACGUCACUGCAGCCUUUUUUUGAGGAAAGAACACCAUGACAAAACUAUGGAGUACAUACACCCAGACAGAGCAGAGCCAGAAAGAUGCUCGGAAAGCUGGAGGAGUAAGAGUGUCAGUUUGACUCCACUGUACAGAGGAGAUAAAAAGGAAACAUCCACCUCUUUCAAAAGGACUGGUCCAGCUUUGACUCCCCUAAAAAGGCAGCGUCUUCCUGAAGAUAGAGACACAAUAUCAGAUACCGAGAGAAGACGCUGGAGUAACAGUGGACAUGAUGCUCUUGAUGAUCAACCGAAGAAUGUAGCAGACCAGUGUUCCACACGAAGGAAGAGGAUGGACUUCAGCCGUGAAGAAGUGGAUUACCUACUGUCUGGAGUAAAGAAGUAUGGCUUCUCCUGGAACUCCAUCUUGUGGUCUUAUCCCUUCAAACCUGGACGCACCAACGUUGGCUUGGCCAAGAAAUACAGGCACCUAAUGGUAAUGAGAAAAUCUUGA